CGAGUUUCGUGUGGAGAGUGUGAACAAGUUCACAAUCUAAUAAUCUUUUUAAAAAGAAAAAGAAGAAAAAAUGAAUGAACUUAACGCUGAUGAUCCUAGCUUGCUAGUUAUUGCAUUAGAUACAAAUCCAUCGCAGAGUAUUUUAAAGAGAAAACCAAAUUUAUUGACAAAUAUUCUCAAUUCAAUUUCGGCAUUUGGAAAUUCGCAUUUAAUGCAAAAACCUCAAAACAAAUUAGCAGUUAUAGGUUGUCAUCAUCAUACGAGUAAGUUUCUGUAUCCGUCAACUGAUAAAUCACUUGAAGUGAGGCAAAUUGAUGGACAAUAUGAAUACUUUACGUUGGUCGAAAAAUCAAUCAAAACAAAUCUCGCUGAUAUGAUUACAAAUGCACCAAAAGUAGCUUCAAACAAUGAAUCAAUGCUAGCUGGAUGUUUGGCAAUGGCAUUAUGUUAUAUAACAAGAAUUAAAAAAAGUCAACCGCCCGGUUGCAAUCUUAACACAAGAAUCCUGGUAAUUACUGGAAGUGAAGAUUCGGCUCAUCAAUACAUGACAUACAUGAAUGUAUUUUUCACAGCUCAAAAAGAAAAGGUUGUCAUCGAUAUUUGUGCAUUAGACAACACAUUAGUUUUACUUCAACAAGGUUGUGACAUUACUGGCGGGCAAUAUCUGAAAGUGCCACAAAUCGAAGGUUUACUUGAGUAUCUCUUAUGGAUAUUUCUGCCGGAUCCAGCAAUUCGCUCAAAAUUAGCUCUUCCUCCACCAGUCAAAGUCGAUUACCGCGCUGCUUGUUUUUGCCAUCGAGAGCUGAUUGACAUUGGUUUCGUCUGUUCCGUUUGUUUAUCCAUAUUUUGCAAGUUUUCUCCAAUCUGCACAACGUGUUCGACUGUAUUUAAAGUUCCUGUGCCUCUCAAGCCCAAGAAAAAGAAAAUUAAAACAUAAAUGUUUUGAUAAGAAAUCUUUAUAAUAAAAUUCAUUCCCAACACCUUAUACAAAUUUGAAUCGUCAAUUUUUACAAUUUUGAUUUCGAAUUUUUGUACAUUAAACGCAUUUCUCGUCGUAAGAGUUUUCCACUUGGAUUUCUUGGAAUAUUAUCGAUGAAUUUCACACCACCACGAAGCCAUUUUGCUUUGCUUGCAUUCUCAGCUACAAAAUCAAUGACCUCUUGUUCCGUGAGAGUUUCUCCAGGUUGUUUGACAACAAAAGCGAAUGGAAGUUCACCUGAUUCUUCAUCAGGAAUUCCAAUCACUCCAACAUCUUUGAUUUUCGGAUUUGAUAGAAGCAAACCUUCAAUCUCAGCUGGUGGAACUUGUGAAGCUUUGUAUUUGAUCAACUCUUUUAAUCGAUCAACGAUAUAAAACAUUUGAUCUUCGUCAUAAUAUCCAAUGUCACCAGAAUGCAACCAACCGUCGCUAUCGAUUGUCUGACUGGUUGCUUUCGGAUCAUCCACAUAGCCUUUCAUCAAAACAUCUCCUUUGAAGCAAAGUUCGCCAGGUUGAUUUGGUCCCAAAGUUUUUCCAUUCUCAUCAAUAACUUUCACAUAAACUCCUUUUAAUGCUUGACCAACCGAUCCAGGUUU